AAAAACAAAAUGUCUGAGCAUGUUCAGAACGAGCAUGCAGCAAGCACAAAAAAACUCCUGAUUUACGUACUUUUUCCAAGCCAGAAUCAGCAUAUUUCCUUUAUGUCUCUAAAACAGCCUUUCUCAACCAGGGUGCCUUGGCAAAAUGUCUACAAAUUGCCCACAACUUGUAUACAAGCCAGCGGGUGGAACAAGCCUGCCUUUUUAGUUACACAACGCCACAGGUUUUCAUUGUGCACCAUUACCACCUUCUAGCCGCCGGCAUCCUGACAACCAAUGACAUCAUCAUUUGA